GGCAUCUCACAUCGGCCAAUCGGCUUUUCCUCUGCAAUCGCCAUGGCAAGCCGUGAGAUCUUCACUCCGCUGUCCGACAUCACCGGCCAGAAAGGCGCUCCAAAAGCUCAGCAGCAAGCAGCACAACAGCCGCAGCAGCAGCAGCAGCAGCAGCAAGCAGCACAGGCCCCGCGAACUGCCGUCCAUGACCCGGACAAGGUCAAGCAGCAAAGCCAGGUGCAUUUCAAAGCCACACAUGCUAUUGUUGUUGCUUUCUUUUCCUUCAUCCUUGUGCUUCAUGUUCUUGGUAUCUAUCUGUUUACCAGCGGUUUCCUCCUCACGCGACUGGUCCUAGACCAUAAGUCGGAAUGCGCGCUGCCUCCCAUUGACGCAGCAGACUCGUAUACAACGGGCAACCCAGAUAAGGGAUGUUGGCAUCCAAAGACGUUCGACAAGGCGGUUGUCAUCAUUGUCGAUGCACUCAGAUACGACUUUACCGUGCCGUUUGAGGCUCAGUUUGAGCCUACCGACCUGGCUGCUGCCGCGACUGCGAACCCGUCUGAAGUGCCUCCAGUCGCUCCACGCCAUUUCCACAACGCGUUUCCGGUCCUCUAUGAGACAGCGAAGAAGCAGCCCGAAAAUGCCUUUCUUCUUCCCUUUAUCGCAGAUCCCCCGACCGCCACAAUGCAGAGAUUAAAGGGGCUGACAACUGGCACGCUGCCAACCUUUAUCGAUGUGGGGAGCAACUUUGCUGGCCAAGCCAUCCAUGAAGACAACAUUGUGAGCCAGCUGAAGAAUGCAAGCAAGAGGAUCGUCCAUCUCGGAGAUGACACCUGGCACGCACUCUUCACCGACUACUUUGAGCCCAAUCUUACCCGUCCAUACGAUUCCUUCAAUGUCUGGGACUUGCAUACGGUAGACAACGGAGUCACAGAACACAUCUUCCCAUUGCUAAAGGCUGAGAAUGCGACCAAGUGGGAUGUCAUCUUUGGCCACUAUUUGGGCGUGGACCAUGCCGGACACCGGUACGGCCCCGACCACCCGGCCAUGACGGCCAAGUUGAAUGAAAUGGACGACGUCUUUCGCCGCAUGAUCCAGGAAAUUGACGACGAUACGCUUCUGGUAGUCAUGGGUGACCACGGCAUGGACGCAAAGGGAGAUCACGGUGGCGAGUCCGACGAUGAGAUUCAGGCUGCUCUAUGGAUGUACUCGAAAAAGAGUGUCUUUGGGCGUAGCGACCCUUCCUAUACAACCCCUCCGCGCAACGCUCACAUCCGGCCAGUCGGCCAAAUUGACCUCGUUCCAACCCUCUCACUCUUGCUCGGCAUACCGAUACCAUUCAACAACCUCGGAAAGCCCAUCGAGGAAGCUUUCAUUGGAAAGAAAGGUGACAAUUUCGGAAACCUCGCGGCGGUCAACCGCAUGACUGCAGCCCAGAUCCAUACAUACCAGCACGAGUAUGCAAAGGUUCGCGGCAUUCCCGACAGCGCUAGAGCCACUUCGCUCUCGCUCUGGAAAGCCGCAAAUGACGCGUGGAGCUCACUCGGAAAGGCAAAGGCAAACAGUCCAGAGAUGCGUCAAACCUACCACGCCUUUGCGGCUUAUCAGCGUGACACCCUCAGCAUUUGUCGUGCGCUUUGGGCUCGAUUUGAUAUCCCGAGAAUGCUGAGUGGUGUUGUAAUCCUGGCGUUUAGUUUGAUUGUUGUCGCACUUUACGCUAGGAUCCUUCAUGGAGAUCGCACCGAGGUCACACCAGUCUUCUUUACACGAGGUGCCAUUGGCCUGGCACUUGGAGGUAUCUUCGGCGUCGGCCUUACUGUCUUCAUGCCGCAGGAGUCCAGGGCACACGUGGUCAUCCUCUCUUCCGCUCUCUCAGGCAUCGUUGGCAGCGCUUCGACGUUUUAUGCCCUGAGCUACCGUAUGAUGUCUCUUAUGCCAAAUAACAUCUGGGGCUGGACAAGCGUGAUUUUCACCCUUGCACUCUCUGCUGGCUUCGCAGCCAACUCCUUUACCAUCUGGGAAGAUGAAAUCCUGCUCCACUUUCUGACUACGUUUGGAGUCCUUGCGCUCAUCUCCUCGCUCAGACAAAGGCGCAUUGCAGACCGAACCUUGGGUGCCUACCAUUCAAUUCUCUUUACUGCCUUGUUGAGAGUGGCUAGCUUCUCGAGGCUUUGCAGGGAAGAGCAAAUGCCCUAUUGCAAGUCCACGUACUAUGCCUCGGCAUUGUCUACCACAUCGGCACCCUGGCAGCUCUUCAUUCCUUUUGCUGUCGCCAUUCUCAUUCCCACCUUUAUCAAGAGCUACUACGAGGGCACUAAGAGCUACCAGCAUAAUGCUACACUUUGGAUAGGCCUCGCAUUGCGCUUUGGGCUGAUGCUUUCCGCGGCUUACUGGGCCCUUGAUGCGGCUGAUGAUGGCGACUGGGUGCCUGGUUGGGCCAACGUCAUUCGCAUUACAAAACGUUUCCUUGCACAGAUUGUGCUGGCAAUCAGCAUGGCGUUUGGAUACUCAAUCUAUAACUGGUCCAAGCCUCUCCUCAAUGUCAUCAUCGACAAGGACGCCAAGGAUGCCAACGGCGCACCCAAAGAAGCCGUUACCGUUCUUGGAUUCGCAAACGUCCACGGCUCACGCUACGCCCUUCUCAUCACCAUCUGGUACCUCGCCAUUGCUCUUCUUCAGAAGCCAAUGGGAGCUGGCGCCAUUGGUAUAUUGGUCUGGCAGCUCUUUUCCGUUUUCGAAAUCAUGGACACGAACAACCUCCGCCAGUCACCGAUUGGCCCUGUUGUUCUAGGUCUCCUUGGCUCAUUCCACUUCUUCAAGACUGGUCACCAGGCUACGCUUUCAAGUAUCCAAUGGGAGUCGGCCUUUAUUCCUCUCGCCAAGGUCCGCUACCCCUGGACGCCUGUGAUUGUCAUUUUGAAUACAUUUGGUGCGCAGAUUUUGUGUGCUGUUGCUGUUCCCGCCCUCGUCUUGUGGAAGGUCAAGCCACAGAAGAAGGGUCUACUGAGUGUCGUGGCAAAGGCUGUGGCUACGCAUAUUCUCUUCUAUGCCACCAUCAAUCUGGCAACAACCAUGUGGGCAGGCCACCUAAGGAGACACUUGAUGCUGUACCGUAUCUUCAACCCCAGGUUCAUGGUUGGCGCUGUUGUUUUGUUGGUCGUCGACAUUGUCAGCAUUGCGAUCGCGCUUUGGGGAACAAGGAUGAGCAUGUUGAGUACGGCAGAGGUAUUUGGAUUUGGUGGUUAGGCCAGAAAGAAACGAAAUACAUGAUAGACAAUGGUGAGCAGUGUGACGCGGAACAGUACAAAUGUUUUUUCUAUGUUUGCAACAAACAGUACCGCGUCUUGCGUCUAUUUUUCUAUGUCGAUAUGUAGAUGGAACAAUCAAGA